AGGAAGUGGACGGGCGCUGCGGCGAUUCCCGCCUCGGUCCACGGCACAAAGAGGCUGGUUGAGCCCCGGAACCUCCCCCCCCCGGCCAGGAGAGCACAGGGCUCCUGAGCAUGUGCAGAGGACAAUUCUUUCACUGCAGCACCACGGGCUGUUUAGCACGCGAGUGUUGCUGUUUAAUGCGAGACAUUUGUGGCUGCCUUUCUCUUUGGGAUCUGAAGAGCAAUGGGGAACACAAGCAGUGAGCGGGCCGGUGUGGAGCGUCAAGGGAGCCACAAGACACCUCGGAGAGAUAGCGGAGGAACAAAGGAUGGAGACCGGCCGAAGAUCUUGAUGGACAGCCCUGAAGACGCUGACAUGUUCCACACUGAGGAAAUAAAGCUUGGCAAGGAAAAAGAAGAAUUCCUGGCCUGGCAGCAUGACGUCGAGGUGAAUGAUAAGGCUCCUACACAAGCUCGGCCAACCGUUUUCCGCUGGACUGGAGGAGGCAAAGAGGUCUUUCUGUCUGGCUCUUUUAACAACUGGAGCAAACUUCCACUGACACGGAGCCACAAUAACUUUGUAGCCAUUCUCGAUCUCCCAGAAGGCGAACACCAAUACAAGUUUUAUGUGGAUGGUCAAUGGACACAUGAUCCUGCAGAGCCUGUAGUAACCAGCCAGCUGGGGACUGUCAACAAUGUCAUUCAGGUGAAGAAAACAGACUUUGAAGUAUUUGAUGCUUUAAUGGUGGACUCCCAGAAGUGCUCAGAUGUAUCUGAGCUGUCGAGUUCACCCCCCGGACCCUACCACCAGGAACCCUACAUCUGUAAGCCGGAAGAGCGCUUUAAGUCCCCCCCUAUUCUCCCUCCGCACCUCCUGCAGGUUAUCCUAAACAAAGACACUGGGAUUUCGUGCGAUCCUGCCCUGCUUCCCGAGCCGAAUCACGUCAUGCUGAAUCACCUCUAUGCCCUUUCCAUCAAGGACGGGGUCAUGGUGCUCAGCGCUACCCACCGUUACAAGAAGAAAUAUGUCACUACGCUGCUGUAUAAACCCAUAUGAAAGCACUGCUGGGUGCCCGGGCGGAUGGAGCAGUGGAGGGAACAAACGAGAAGUGUAUGCUCUUUGAAACAGUAGCGGACUUGCUGUUGAAUCGUAACGCAUAUAUAUACAUAUAUGUAUAUUUUUAAAAAGAGCCCAAAUUUGCCUCGCUCUUUCUCUCCCCCUCCUGCUGUGAAUGUUCUUUAGCCCCACAAGCAGGUACCCACUUGUGCUGCCAAUCAAGGCCGUGGGUUUUUGAGGGGGUUCGUUCCCCUGUAACAUUGCGGGGAUGGGGGGCGGGAAUCUAUGAAGACGCACAAGCUGCCAAGGGCAUUUAGUUUGCAGUUAAUACAAACGAAUUUUUGAACUGGGCACCUGGAAUGAAUGGACACCUUCAACCGUCCAAAGUCCCCAAAGUGGCUUUGCUUUUUUUCGUACAGCAAUAUGUGUAAGAGGAGGUGUUUCCCUUCUGUAGCAAUCUGGGCAUACCCUUAUAAAUAACUUAUUUUUUGUUCUCCUCCGUCCAUGCCCUCCCUGGUCACCUCUUGUAACCUGGGCGCUACUUGCCAGGCUCCAGAUCACUGGCAAAGGCAGCCAACUCUGCUUACUUUCCAGCAGAAAAUGCUUGGCACAUCUUUCAGUUUACUGCAGCUGGACUGAUGGCUUUAGGUUGGUGGUUUCGCUGUCCAGUGGCAGCAGGAUGUUACGAAGAGGCUAGAAGAGUCGGACACUGCUGUGAAGCUUCGGGACCAACCCUUUCUGGGUCCUACAAGCCUCCUCUUCCCCCCUUUUACCGCCAACUGAUUGGAUAGCUUUCUCAGAAAUGUGGCUCCUUUCUUUCCAAAGAUUAGAACUCCCAAGCAAUAUUGCUGGCCCUGCUCUAGGGUUGCGAGGGGAGGUGGGCUUUGCACCCCAGGCCUUCACGUCCCUACGCUAAGGAAUCAGGAUGCUUCUCCUCUCAAACAGCUGUAGCCUCCCCUUGUUUGUGGAAGGAGGCUUGUCAAGGGGCUAUCCCUCCCAUAAAAGAUAAGCUGCCUGCUUGUCCCCCCCCCAAAAAAAGUCUAAUUAAUGUGUUGUCACACCAAGGUGCCUGCACUCCCUAGCCUAGGGUUGCCAAACUCAGUAGUGGACAGGACUUCUGUGCCUUUAAUUGCCCUGUUCUCUUUUGAGUCUGGAAACCUUAGAGAGAAACCAGCAGACCCUUUGCUUGGAAAUUAAACAAAAUGGUCUGCUGGUUUCUCUUUAAGGUUUCCAGACUCAAAAGAGAGCAGGGCAAUCAAAGGCACAUAAGAAGUCCUGUCCACUAUUGAGUCUGGCAACCCUACCCUAGCCUGUUGUGGCACCAGCUUGUGCCUUCUUAGCCAAGUGGCCCUGCGUGGUUUUUUUCCUUCUGAUUCCUUACCGAUCUUUUGAGGCCACCAGGCAGUUUUAAUGCUUUGAGUAGUAGCUGAAACUGACAUGUAGCUAGAACAGGGGCUGGCUAACCUGUGGCUCCUCCAGGGGUCUUUGGGCUGCAACCGCCUUCAUCCCUAACCUCGUCUGACCAGCAGUUUCGGACAGAUGGGAGCUGGACGGCUCCAAGCUCCCAUCCCUGCUCUUAACCACCGUUGAGAACAGUAUUUCACAUCUGCUUUUUUAAAAAAUCUUUUGUUUGCGCUGUUUUAUUGGUUCUCUUCAGUUUUUUAAAUAAAAUAAAUUUACAUACUGAAGAGCGAGCCUUUCCUUUGCACCUUUCUCGAAAGGAACACAGGUUAAUUUCCUGACAUUAUGGCAAAGAUUGGAACUCAUACUGUCACCUGUGACCAGUUGCAAUAUGUGAGAGAUGCCUGUUGGGUAGGGCAAGACAAAGGUCCGGGGUCACGGUGGUUAUAUGGUCAGGUUUACAGAGUGCUGGAGGUCAACAAAAAGAUUGUCUCGCAGUGGAACUAAGUUAGCUACACUACAGGCAAAUGUAAUGGUCACUAUAUAGUUGUCUCUCAACCUGUGAUCCCUCUUGUUUCAGGGCGGGUAAGUUAUUUCAGCCUGAGGGCCACAUGCCAGUGGUAGGUGGGGCCAGAGGCAAAAAUUGGGUAGAGCGACAAAUGUAAAUGCUACCUUUGUACAGUAGGCUAGUUUCUACUCAAACAGCCCUCUCUAAUCUCCAUCAAGCAAGGGAGGGACAUUAUCAGCGUUCAAGGACAAACUGGAGGGCAAACUGGACAGGUCUGGAGGAGGCUGCAUUUGGCUCCCGUCUAAGGUUCCCCACCCUCUGCUCUAGUUAUUUUCACUAUGAUGAGGAAGAUGAGCUAAUCGAAAAGAUCAGACUCUUGGACCAGGCAGGCAAAGAAGCAAAUGUCCAGGGUCAUGCAGAUUGGGGCAAAACAAAUUCCUAACUACACAUAUGUGCUUGUAGUGACUGACCAAGAAGAGAGUUCUGGAGGCUAUAACUGAUAGCUUGGUGGAUGAGGCCAGAGGUCUAUCAAGUCCAACAUCCUGUUCCCUGGCUGCAAAGUCCACAAGCGGGAACUGAGGACAACACAGCAACCUCUCUCCACUUGCAAUUCCCUGUAACUAGCAUUCGGAACCAUACCAACUCUUGACAGUGGAGACUAUAUCUGUUAUGGCUCAUGUAACAAUGGCAAAUCCUCGAAUUUGUCUAGUCCUCUUUUGGAGUCAAUUAAGAACGUAAAUUCAACCAUGCUGGAUCAGGUUAACCAUUAAGGGCUGAUAAAGAAUUGAAGUCCGAUAUCUGCAGGGCCGCAUGUUCCCCACCCCUGCGUCAAAGGUCUAAAGCGAUAUUUAAUUAGGACAAAUUAAGAAGUCAUAAUGAGCAAGCUUUUCACAUUAAAACUUCUCUGCUGGGUUAAGCAACCAUGCAUAAACAGCUCUUGCAGAGGCUGAAUCACCAUACCUAAUAACAUUUAUCUCAUAUAAAUAGACACACACACCCUUUUUCUUACAUAAUCCCAAGCUCUUCUGAACUAUUUACUGCUCCCCCUAUUUUUAAAAACAUUUUUAAAUUAAUAAACCAAAUAUUGCACAUCAGUGUGAUAUUUUCGCCCUAAUAAAUGGCAUUAGAUUCGCUGCAUUUGAAAUCCUUCCCAAGACUAUGAAUGAAAUCUUCCCCACCUGCAAUUUUUGAUGACUAUAAAACUGGGGAGAUAAGGGAAGCAAGUGGCCAGUUUUAGGUUAAGGGGAUAAGUCUGCUGGACGGCAACUCCCAACUCCAGCCAGCUCUACACACAGCUAGCACAACUCGCUGCCCUUGACAUUUCAUUGUUGCAGACCACACCCACUAGCAGGAAGCACAGCUGUGUUCACCAGGAGUUGAGCAACAGCACCAAGUGUAUUCUCAGAAAGUUCCCUGUUAGCUUCAGAGCCGUGGGGCGGUAGAUAAGAGCCCCCCCCCCCGUUGGAACAGCCUUCCCCAAACUGGGUCCCUCUCAUCUGUGCCCUAGUCAGUUUAGCCGGUGGUCAGCAGUGGUGGGAGAUGUAAUCUAACCAUUUGUGGAAGGCUGUGGUAGGUCAUUUGGAAUGGAAGAAUGACUGCUAUGAUGCAGUACGGUCAUGUAAAAUUCAGUUGCCCCAGAAACUCAGCUUCCCAGUUCUGGCCCUGACAGCUUCAAAUAUGGAAGUGUGUGGGGCGGGGGCUUUGCAGAUGAGAUCUCAGAAGUCAGAUGAGUAACUGAAGAUGUGCAACGCUUGGGGGGGCAGACCUUCAAACCCUGCAUACUCCUCCCCACCAUGAGCAAAAUGCAGAAUUAUGCACAACUAGAGAUGAUGGACAAAGGGUGGGCAGCCCACUAAGUGCGGGAGAGCAGAGGAAAGAGAAUGCUUGCUUUGUUUAGUUCACCAGCAGUCCUCCCCCC